AUGGAAGAGGUUGCUCCGCUCAUCGUUCCAAAGGUUAGAACAUGGGUGGCCAACAGGAGGACAGUCAAGGAGGGGAUGCUGUUACAUGCAUGGAAUAGGGAUAUUUCUGGAGAUCUUUCCACGGAGGAACUUGCCCAGUUCAUUCAAAUUUGGGAAGUACUAAUUGAUAUCCAGAUUGAGCUGACCAGGGAGGAUAAGGCUGUCUGGGUGUGGAAUGCGGAUGGCAAGUGCUCAGUGGCGUCAGCGUACAAGAUGUUGUGUGAAGGAGGCAUCAGAUUUCGGCUGGCUGCUGCGGUGUGGAAGACCUGGGCCCCAUUAACCUGCAAAUUUUUUAUGUGGCAAGCGCAAGAGGAUACGGUGGACCAUUUGAUGCUCCAAUGUGUGUUUGCAAGACAGUCUACAAAGAAUCAGAAGCAGUCGAAGAGAAACCAUCAUCCACUCGACCGUGAAGAUGUGCCCCUCAUCGCCAGGAGGCACAAGGACGGCGAGGACGACGGCCUGGACGACGGCGACGCCUCCUUCUCCGGCGCGGUGUUCAACCUGUCCACCACCAUCGUGGGCGCGGGCAUCAUGGCGCUCCCGGCCACCAUGCGGGUGCUGGGCCUCGUCCCGGGCCUCACCCUGGUGGUGCUGGCCGCCGUGCUCACGGACGCCUCCAUCGAGCUGCUCAUGCGGUUCAGCAACGCCGUGGGCGCCGCGUCCUACGGCGAGGCCAUGGGCGACGCCUUCGGGGCGCUCGGCAGGGGGCUCCUCCAGCUCUGCGUCGUCGUCAACAACAUCGGCGUCAUGGUCGUCUACAUGAUCAUCAUCGGCGACGUGCUGUCGGGAACUACUUCGAGCGGCAAGCACCAUCACGGCGUGUUUGAAGGGUGGUUCGGCCCGAACCGCUGGAACGGCCGCUUCGCCAUCCUGCUCUUCACCACCCUCGCCGUCUUCACGCCGCUCACAUGUUUCAAGCGCGUCGAUUCACUGAAAUACACUUCUGCGUUAUCGGUGGCACUGGCCGUCGUGUUCGUGGUGAUCACCGCCGGAAUCGCCAUGAUCAAACUGACAAGAGGACAGAUCCCGAUGCCCAUGCUGUUCCCCGACGUUCACGGGACCUGGGCGUCCAUCUUCAAACUCUUCACGGCCGCUCCAGUUCUUGUCACCGCCUUCAUUUGCCACUACAAUGUGCACCCUAUCCACAACGAGCUCAAGGACCCGGCCCAGAUCAAGCCGAUCGUGCGGGCGUCGCUGGGGCUGUGCUCCGCCGUGUACGUGACCACCAGCUUCUUCGGGUUCCUCCUCUUCGGCGAGGAGACGCUGGACGACGUGCUGGCCAACUUCGACUCGGACCUCGGCAUCCCCUACGGCGGCGUCUUCAACGACGCCGUCAGGGUCAGCUACGCGCUCCACCUCAUGCUCGUCUUCCCCAUCGUCUUCCACGCGCUGCGCCUCAACAUGGACGGCCUCCUCUUCCCCUCCGCCCGGCCGCUGGCCUGCGACAACCGGAGGUUCGCGGCGCUCACGGCCGCGCUCCUCGCCGUCAUCUUCCUCGCCGCCAACUUCAUCCCCAACAUCUGGGACGCCUUCCAGUUCACCGGGGCCACCGCCGCCGUCUCCAUCGCCUACAUCUUCCCCGCCGGCAUGGCGCUGAGGGAUCGCCACGGCAUAGCGAAGAAGAGGGACAAGGUCCUGGCGUUGUUCAUGAUCGUGAUCGCGGCGGUGUCGAACGGAGUGGCCGUGUACAGCGACGCUUCCUCGUUGUGAUUCGGUGGCAUACUGGCAUGGCAUGGGACUGGCAGCACCGGCAGCGGUCGCCUCCACCAUGGCCAAGCCCUGACCAUGGCGCUCUGUAUGUAUAUUAGGUUGGUGAUGAGAGACCGACUUGAGAGUCCUUCCACCUAUAAAUGCAUGUACAUGUAACAUAUCUCCGUGGUUCUGCGUGAUGUGCAGAAAGUUGAGUAAGGACUGGAUUCCAAUCCAUUGGCAUGAUAGUGCCAAGAAAAUGCGACGUU